AUGUGUUUUUCUUCCCCCUUCUCCAUAAACGGCGGUGCCUGCGUGGCAAUGGUCGGCAAAGACUGCGUGGCCAUCGCCUGCGAUCUCCGCCUCGGCCUCCAAGCCCUCACCGUAUCCAACAACUUCCCCAAGAUCUUCCAAUACGGCGACGUAUUCCUCGGCCUCACCGGCCUGGCGACCGACGUCUCCACCGUCUCCGACCUCUUCCGCUACAAAGUCAACCUCUACCGCCUCCGCGAGGAGCGCAACAUCGCCCCCUCCACCUUCGCCAAUCUCGUCAGCAGCAGCCUCUACGAGCGCCGCUUCGGCCCCUGGUUCGUCAGCCCCGUCGUCGCGGGCCUCGAUCCCAAGACGGGGAAGCCGUUUAUUUGUGGGUUUGACAGCAUAGGCUGUAUCGACUUUGCGAAGGACUUUAUUGUUUCGGGAACGGCGACUGAGCAGUUGUUUGGAAUGUGUGAGAACCUCUGGGAGCCGGACUUGGGCCCUAAUGAAUUGUUCGAAACCAUUUCGCAAGCCCUGCUGAACGCUGUCGACCGUGACGCGCUUUCCGGCUGGGGUGCACAUGUCUACAUCAUCGAGAAGGACAAGGUGACGAAGAGGUUACUCAAGGGCAGGCAGGAUUAG